GCUUUCCUGCCGAUGAGAAAUUCAGUGUCUGAAUUAAAUUUAGUGAAUUUAGUGAUAGUUCUUUCUACCUGGAAACCAUUGCUUACUGUCAUAUUUUUGGUUCUAUUCUCAAUGAGUUCUAUGUUGCGAUAAAUUGGAUGAAUAACAGAAAGAUUUAGGUCUUAAUAGUGAUUUUCGCACACGCUAUGAGAAAUAUUUUGAUGUUGAUUGGUUGAAGAUGAAGUUGUGAAGGUUUUUGUUUUGAAGAUGUGAAAAGACUGCAAACUUGUAAUGAAUCGUUUUAAGACAAUGACUUUGCGCGUAUAUUCAUCACUUGUAAAGAAGUCACGUCUCCAGCUAGUAAGUUUUUCUAUCUGUAUUAAGAAUUAUCUGAAGCUAUGAAUGUUGAGGUGCUCUCUGUUCGUGGCUUGCGACCAGAGUUUGGCAAGGUUGACCGUGACUUAUGGCUCUGGUUUUGUGAUGCAACGCGGGAGUGGGAAAAGUGCCAUGGCCCUCGAGUCACGAAGCGUUUGGUUCAGGCCAAAGCUAAACUGGCUUUUGAGGCUGCAGGCAUCUUCAACUUUAAAGCUAGUGAUGGCUGGUAUAUUCGAUGGUUGAAGAGAUGGCGUCAAGCAGCAAAGCAGAAUAAUGAGCCCAACCCUAUCUCAAAGACUGCAAGUAAAGCUCAACUGCCUAAGAAGCGAGCACCAAGAAGAGCUUCAAAAACAAAGGCAUCACCGCCAGUGAUCCUACAAAGCUCAACAGACACGACAAUCUCUAGAUUAUCUCUAGAAACUGGACCAACUGACUAUAGCUCAAGAGAUGAGUCAGACAGCAAAAUUAUCUGUAGUGUUCAAAACUUAGCAUCUUUGCAGCCCAAUCAUGAAAAUAAUAGACAGAAUUCCUUGGACUUUGCCAGAAAUCAUCUCUGUCAACCUGAAAGACCAUGUUCAGAUGUGAACCUUGCUGCAGCAUUUUUACCACAACACUACAAUGCACUGAGUGAACUUAGCACAGUUGAAAUUGAGCAGCGAUAUGCUCCUGACGCCUCAUCACUUUCGAACUUAGAAGAUAUCGCGUGGCAUGAUUUGUCUGAAUUGUCAUGCUAUGAGAGGCCCUCUUUCAAGCUUACUACUCAUCAAACUUUGGAGAUGAGAUCCGAGACUCCACGUUGCUUUUCAAAGCCUGUGCCACGAUUGAAACCAACAGUCAUAGGAAAAGGAAAGUUGUGUGAAUUGCAGAAGUCUUUUCAGACAUAUGUUCUAAGCUCUUCCUCUGAGACCAAUGUCAGCUUUGGUGUUCUUCCUGCCAACCAAGUUCCUUCAAAGAAGAUGAAAACAAAUCCAACAAAUUCAUUUCUUGUUAAAAAUAUUGGAAGCUCUCAAGGUGCUGCCAUUGAUGGUGCCCUCAGACAAAAACCAGGAGACAAAGUCAAUAAUUUGCAUUCAGACUUGAUCAAUGAUGUUUCUGCAUGCGGAAACUUCACACAUCAUGACUUGGAAGAUGUUUCUGUCAGCUCUGAUUUUGUUAAUCAAUUAAAUGAUGAACUUUCUCUGGAGCUUAACUUGCAAUAUGAAAAUGAGAAUUUAUCUCACCAAAUCCUGGCCAAAACUGCAACUAGUGAGCCACUAACUUCAAACUCAAAUUUUAGCAUUGAUUGUAGCAUGGUACAACCAGCUUUAGACACCUUUGGUGGUCUCAUCCCUCCAACAGCCACUCAUGGAGGCAAUGCCUGUGCAGGCUCAAUCUGCCACAUGAGUGUAGCAGAAGGUGAUUUCAGCUGUGAAGAGAGUGACUAUAUUUCUAAUGCUGUUAUGCGUUCAAUGCAAGAAGAUGAUUUUUCCAUUUUGAAUUGUGACCAAUCACCAUUCCAAGGCACAUUAUCCGUGGUCGAUGAAAAUAGUCAGCCUGACAAAGUGAAUAACCUUGAUGACGGUGUCUCUGCUGCUCUGACCUCUGAAGAGAGUCUCGUGAAUCGAGAACAUGUGUUUUAUAGUGGAGGCAUUGGUUCAUUCAACAAAGCUUUGAAAGGCAACAACAACUCGCUGAUGACAGUUACUCACCAAGACAGUAUCAAAUAUCAACCAUCUCAACGGGAAAUCUUUGUGCAACCAGAAACAUCUUAUAUGUCAUCACAUUUAGUAAAUGAUGACCAUUUAGUGCCAAAUAAAGUGCAGGAAGAAGUCUUUUGUUUUUCCCCUCUUGCAGAAGAGGGUGAUGUGGCAAAAGUUCAGGACUUGCUGCAGUUGUCUUGUUCCGUUGGUUCAGAGUCUUCAAAUCAAUUGUUGUCUUCAUCUGUGGACCAAUCUCAAAUAGAAGAACAAGAACUUAGCCUGUCUUCUUCUGUGGCUGGAAAUAUGAUUGUUGAUACCAGUGGCGUGUUUCAAGUAUCCUCACUUGUGGGAAAUCAGGAUUUGUUCCAAAUUUCAUCCUCUGGUGCUGUGAAUGAAUAUGCCACAAAUCAAGAUGUUUUCCUUUCUUCAAAUUCUAAUAAUGGAAGCUCACAUUCCUCCAUAUGCUUCAGAAGUAAUGAAGUUGAACAAGAUCCUCAAAAAUUAAUCUGCUCUACAAGCCAAAGUACCAACAAUAUAUCAAAUAUGUACUUCUUGCCACGUUCAUUGGAAUGUGAAAUGGAUUCUGAUAUUGUUGGCCACUCGAGCCUUCCACUGAAUGGCAGUGUUGUCUCUAUUGCUGACAACACAAUGCACCUUUGCUCUCUUGAUUCUCAAGUCAUGUCGCUUCCUGAGGUGACCGUUGCCAAUGCUGACUCAACAAGAGUGCUUUUGAGGUCUUCAUCUCAUUUGCAUACUGAUCAAACACCAAGUCUUACAGCAUUGACGUCACCAAAUACUUACUUGAUCAGGAAUGCACCAGUGCAGGAGCUAUCGCCAAACCCUGAAAAUAUUGAAGUCUCUGCUCCCAGUUCAACUCACAGCCCCUGUAGUACAGAAAGUAUCUUUUCAUAUAGUGCUGUGGAUCAGGAACAAUCUUCUACCGGCCUCAUGAACUGUGAGUCUACAAAGGAAAAUGGAUUUGCAGCCUAUGAUCUUCAAUUAGUGGAAAGUGUUUUGUCUGAACAAGAUGAUGCUCCAAACAAUCCAUUCAAAGCUCCAAAGAAGACCGCAACUUGUUUGACAGAAAAGGGAAGCAACACCAGCAAAAUCAAGAAUGGCGCGGAAAAGGACCAGUCAUGUUACCGUCGAUCCAGCGGUGACCGAUAUUUUCCCUACUUCAAAGAGAAAGUUGUUGAAUAUGCUUUGAAGCAUACAGCAAAGGAAGCUGCAAGCUACUUUGGUGUUAAUGUUAACACAGUUACAAUUUGGACCAGAGGAAAAACUGAGGUAGAUUCAGUUGUGAAAAAUUAUCCUGAUCAAAUUAUGUUGAGAUGGUUGAAGAAAAGUAGGGAAAGUGGCAUUAUUUUGACAAGAGAACAAGUGGCUGAAAGAGCAAUUCAAUUGUUAAAAACUCCUGGCAGUUGGGUGAAGGACAAAUCUCGCUGGUUUUAUGUGUGGGCAUGCAGGCUUCGAGAUGAUGAAGAAAGGAGAAAUAGGCUGAAAAAUAAUGUGAAGGAGACACCAAAGGCCCCUCUUGACUGCGGUGAUAAAAAAGCUCUAUAUCCAGAUGAUUUAAAAAUUGAAGUUGUUCUUUAUGCUGAACAAACUAGCAAGAACCUUGCAGCAACCGUUUUCAAUAUAGCAAGAAAAAGGGUCUUUGAAUGGUCAACCUUUUUGAAAGCCCAUGAAGUAAACACAAUGAAGGUCAACCAGUUAAAUCAACUUCCAUCAGAUUCUGCAAAGCACAUUCAGAUCAACGAUGUUCAAAGCACUUUGGGGUUUAUUAAACUAACCACCGCAAGCACCUCAAAGCUUAAAUUAAACAGUAAAAGUUUUGGUCGAGGUGUAACAAGUGUAGCUGUUGAUCAGGAAUUGUGGGAUUGGUUUUGUAAGCAGACAGCUAAGAAAAAUAAACCUAAGAGUAAAGAGAUUCGUGCAAAGGCUGUGGAACUGUUUCGAGCCCACAAUUAUGACAAAAUUCAGUGUUCACAUGGAUGGCUGAAGAAGUGGAGCCUUAGAUAUGGGAUUGCUUUGCGCCAUGAAGGUGACAGUGAUCUUUUAGCUUGGUGCCUUGAACAGUUUGAUCGCAACCGCAACAUUCCACAUAGAGAGUUAGUCAAUUAUGCCCAGGAGGUUUUGAAUGGUACUCACAAAUCGGAAUUUAAAGGAUCCGCUGGCUGGCUUGUUCGAUUCUGUAAAAGACACCGAAACCUUCUUUCUGCCAAACCUGGCAUUGAAGUUGAGAUACCCAGUGUGCUAAGGCAGAGCACUUCAGAAUUCCGAUCACACACGCAAAAGCUCAUACAUUCUUCAAAUAUGCCAUUGAGUAAUGUUGGCUGCAUGGAUGAACUCCCAUUAAAUUUUACAUCAGGAAGUUCCCGGAGUCGCUUAUUGUUGAGACAAUCGAGUCUUGAGAAUUGUCAUGCCACUGUUAUUUUGAGUUGUCUGGCUAAUGGAGAGCUACUGCCACCAGCUGUAAUUUUCAAGGGGGAAGGACCAUCAGAAACAUUGACAUAUGGUGACAUCUCUCUCCUCGUGUUUUACCAACAAGACUGUUCUAUGACCACUGCCAUUAUGCAGGAGUGGCUGGCAUUAAUAUGGGCCAGACAUGUAACAUGCCCAAGUGUCCUCAUAGCUGACUGUUACGAUCCUCACUGCCCUGAACCGGUCCAAGAUGCUUGUAAAGCAGCAGAAGUCACCCUUGCCAUCAUGCCAGCAGGGUGCUCUCUGAAGCUCCAGCCACUAGACCUAGCCAUCUCUCGUCUGUUUGAAGCUCACAUCUACAACAGGUGGUCCAGACAUUUUUCUUCAUCUGAUCAAUUAUCAAGUUGUAAGCGAACAUCGUACUCUAACAAUGCGGACAUUGGUGGCUGGAUUGCUGAGGCGUACAGCAGUUUGAAAGAAACAAGAAAGGAAGCAAUUAGGCGCAGCUUCCUCGUCACUGGCUUAACAUCAGCAGCCAAUGGAGCUGAAGACCACCUCAUUGAAGACCCAUCCUAUGUACCAUUCUCUUCACUGUUUGUCUCAUAAACAUACCCUCUAUUCAUUGCACUUUCUCCUAACAGUAUCAACCAGUGAAAAUAUGGCCACAUGUUUUUCUCUCCCGGUCAGGAUGUUUUUACUUUACUGUUUUGUAAAGUACUCUAUGAUUGGUGAAUAAAGUACAGUAUAUGCAUGUAUAGUUUAGGCUCAAAUUUGUGCAUCAAACCAUCACAUGUAAUGUGGAUUUUAUGUUGUUUUUAAUUUUAUUUUUAUCCUUUUUUUUCUAAACUGAAGAAAGUUGUCAGAUCUCUAGUCUUUCAGUUUAUUAAAGUGUGCUGUCUAGAAACAUCACUUUAAAGUACUGUAGCUUAGGUGUUAGUGUGUAGUAGAUGAAGAAGGAAGACUCUGUUUAAUAUAAAGGACUGUGUAACAUUUAUUAAUGAGUAGUGUUGUAUUAGAACAGUGUAACUGGAUUACUACUACACUCUAUGAAGCAUUGAAGCAUUUUAGUUACGGCUUUGUAGACAUUCUGAGCCUUUUAUCCUUUCUCAAUUUUCUUAAAUUUUCUUUUUUACUUUUGUUGUUUUCUUCAAAGCCUACUUUUUAUUACAUAAGACUGAUAUAACUCUUUCAUCAUAAAGUAACCAACAGAGAAGGCUGAUCAACUCAAUUGACUGAUUUAAGUCUGAAGCCCUCAAUCAGUAUUGUUCAGCAAUUAUUUAUAAUCUGAGAGAAUAAGUCUUACUUGAGGUUUUUCUGUUAUUGUCCCCUACAUUAUUUUAUAAUUCGUUAUUUGUCUUGUUGCUGUAAUUCUAUUCCUUAUUUCUAAACAUUAUUUUAUUUUUUAUUUUAUUUUUCUUCAUUUAAAUAAUUUGUUCUGUACUGAAUCUGAGAUGCAUAUGAAAACGAUGUAUGUCAUAUGCUGAAGAUCUCAAAGAUCAGAGUUGACUGUAUACAAUAAAAAUGCGUCUAGCUGUUCAA